AUGCCACUGUAUAAACUACUUUCUUAUAUAAAUUUGUACACAUAUAAAUUCGAAAAUCGUGUCUAUAUUAGCCAUCCUAGUUUAGGUUCAACUUGCAGAUUUGCUCUCAAUUUUGGUACGACCGGGCUUAGUCAGUUCCAUAAGGUGGCUGAUGAUACAUUAGAAGAUAUAUACGACUCUUUAGACUCAUUGUAUGGCGAGCACAUUGAAUCCAUUGAUCUAAGUAAUGGAGUCCUAACUGCCGUAUUCAAAAUUAUGCCCAGGAACCCAAUUUUGAUUAGUAAAAAUGAAGAUAAGUCUGAAAUUUGGUAUGCAUCUCACUCUGGUGUAGACUACUUUUCACUCAAACCGAGGGAAACUCUAUUAGAUUCAUGGAAAUCCAAUGCGAACAACAUAUUGCUAUCAAAAAAAAUAGCAGAAGAUAUAAAGAAAAUCGUCGGAAAUUAA